UUUACGAUCAUACAGUGCUCUGAUCUGUGGGUGUUAACGUAACGGAGGUGGAAAAUAAACAAAAAUAACCAUCGGGUUGUCUUGGUGCUCCUAGAUACAGCAGCGGAAGGCACGUUUGGCCACGGUCCACCACCCACGCAAGCAGCAAACAACUCUCUUGUUGUCUCAAUUUCUCGCUGUUUCUGCUGCUGAGGCAUCUGUUGCUGGUCUAACAGAACCACCCAAACGCGUUGCCGGUCGAUUUCACUUUUGUUCUCUUUUCUUUUUUUCCUAGUUUUCCUUGUGUUGUUGUUGUUGUUCCCUCGAAGUGUUGUCCACGCUUUUCAACUGAACCACGCUCCAGUCGAAUCCGGAUUUCCACCCAGCGUGCAAUUGGACUUCCGCGUUCACACGCCAAACUAAACAACAAACUACAACGAGCAACACAACGCACUGGCCGGUUCACAUCUACCAAUUGUGAAUCGUCUCAAAUAAUCACUCUCACGGGACGCGUUGAGAAAACAACUGUUGCGUCUUACAAUCUUUUACUGAUGAUUUGGACAACUAGCAACUAUACUCUAUAAACGUGGGUAAACAAAUAUUGGGUUUUCGGGUGUCUGUGUAGGCAAAUGUCAAUUGCUUGAAGCAAAGGCACGCAUCCGUUUCCUUCGAAAAUAAAAAGGCAAUUGGUUGUGAAAGUGGUAAUUAACUUCUGGAAUACGGAAGAUCUAAAUCACCACUGUUCACCCUCUUGCUGUUUCAUUUUCCGAGGGAAGGCAUGUCGUCUGCUAUGCAGACAGUCUCCCAGCAUAGCACCACUCAGUCUCCCAGUCAGUAUGCAUCAACGGGAUCUCCGAGACAUCCAAUUCACCAAACACCAGUUGGACCACGCCAGUCAAGCCGGCACAGGACUGAUCAUGCUGCCGCACGCAACUCUCCUGUUAGCCCUGACCAAUUCUACUCCCCUACCUCUGCCGUCACUUCGACAAUGAAUUCUCCACAGCAUCUUCCACUACCUCCCUCCACCCAUGGUUCCCCUGUUACUCCAUCUACAGGCCAAGGGUCCAGCAGUAAUACGCGCCCGCGCCCGACGCCCACUCUAUCUGAUGGCCCUGGUUCUCCCCCGAUCCCCCCUCCCCGCACAUCGUCAAAUCAACGAAGUCGCACUUCGUCAACUGCUCCAUCCGCCAAUGCCUCCACUGAACGAGUAGCGAAUCCCAAACAUUCUAGGAGGAGGGGAGAUGGUACACGAGAUCGUGGGGACCGGGAUCACACCCAUGACACAAACGGCAGGGACAUGCCGAAUGAUGAUACCCCAUCAGGCGCUGCUAAGCGUCGAAAAGGCCCGCACUCGCCUGACGGCCCACAACGAGCUGCAAGUACGCGGGAACCAAGAGACCACGCCUCACCUUCCGCAAUGGAGACCCGAUCUGAGGCCGCAAUGGGACCAACUCCGAUUCCCGCUGGCAUUGAGAAACAGGGAAGCACGGUAAUUAAUCGGAUGGUAAUAACAGAUCCCGAAGUCGAUAUCGUACGAGAAAAAGAACGCCUAGCGGAAGCCCAACCUGCCCCAGAUUCCCUGUCAGGGCUGGGCCUUGUAAGCAGUGAGGGUGUCGACGAUGGAGGCCGUGGUGCUAGAAGCCGACACGAUUAUUCAAAUUCCUCGUCGAGGCGAAAAGAAACUACUUUUGGCGACUAUGUUCUUGGUCAAACCAUUGGCGAGGGUGAGUUUGGGAAAGUUAGACUUGGUUGGAAGAGGGACGGCAGCGUGCAAGUCGCAAUCAAAUUGCUCAGAAGGGACAGCCUUGGAAACAACCCCAGCCGCCUCCCGAAAAUAUAUCGCGAAAUCUCAAUCCUAAAAGAGCUUUCACAUCCAAAUAUUGUCCGACUGCACGAGAUGGCCGAGACCGAUCGACAUAUUGGCAUUGUUUUAGAGUACGCAUCCGGAGGUGAAUUGUUCGACUACAUCCUUAACCACCGGUAUCUAAAAGAUAACCCUGCUCGCCGCUUAUUUGCCCAACUGGUUUCUGGCGUAGGCUAUUUGCAUAAGAAAGGGAUUGUCCACCGGGAUCUCAAACUGGAGAAUUUGAUGCUCGAUCGAAACCGCAAUAUCAUCAUCACAGACUUUGGUUUCGCAAACACGUUCGACCCUACCGAUGAAUUGGGCGAUGAAAUCGAAUAUAACCUGACGAACAGAGAAUUCGUGAAGAGAAUGAAACUAGACCGGCCUAACGCAAAGGGUUUAAGACGUGGUGACCUUAUGCAAACUAGCUGUGGCAGUCCGUGUUAUGCAGCUCCAGAGCUAGUCGUUACCGAUUCAUUAUACACUGGGCGUAAAGUUGACGUUUGGAGUUGUGGGGUUAUUCUGUACGCUAUGCUUGCUGGCUAUCUCCCCUUUGAUGAUGAUCCUGCGAACCCAGAGGGCGAUAACAUAAACCUUCUUUACAAAUACAUUGUAACCACACCUCUCACUUUCCCCGAGUACGUCACACCACAUGCGCGGGAUUUGCUACGGUGCAUUCUUGUCCCGGAUCCGCGAAAACGGGCCGACCUCUUCGAAGUUGCGCGACAUAGCUGGCUUGCGGAGUAUGCACAUGUAGUAUCGCACAUUACGAGUAAUACCACUAAUGUGGCUGAUAUCGCGAACACCACUGUUCCGGCCGAAGACCAACAACAAACACCAUCCCUUGCUCGUAGCGCUUCUGUUAGAGAACCUCCCAAAGCCCAGCAUCAGAGCAACGUGUCUCCAGUGGGAGGUCUCAGCCACCAGCCAGGCAAAAUAUCACAGGAUGAUGAAAAGCAAAAGCCAAGAGACGCGAAAAGGAGAACAGUCCAAGUUGAAUAUGUGCCACCUCAGUCUCAAACUGCUCGUGGUGACUCAACCACCGCCUCUUCGUCUUUGGGUCCAACGUCCGGUCAUGCAGGAUUAUCUCAAGGGCGACCAAUGUCUAGUGGUCGAGAACCUCCUUCGAGUGCAGGGGCUGCUGCCCCCGCUAAGGCUACGAUAACUUCGAGGUCUAAACCAUUACCGAGGGAUCCGCCUGUAAACACCCAUCCUACAAGCUAUAACACAACGGACCGCCUUCAAGGUACUUUAUCCCAAACGACCCGGCCUCAAACUGGCGGGUCCCUGGCUUCUACAGGUGCUGGCAAAUAUGACAGCCGUCUGCCGUCUCGAGGUUCAUAUAGCCAACCUGCAGCUCCCGCGGUUGCAACAACCAAUGUGCAGGGACGACUGGCCCAACCAAAAAAUGGUAAAACUUACAGUGUUUCUCCGCCGAUCGCUCAACAAACUACAGAGAGUUCAGUUGGUCGCCCGAGCACAAAUCAGGAUUACAGUGCUGUCCAGCAGCAAGCACAAACCAAGAGCCACAAGCGUUCUAGCACUGUGAGUAGCAUUGGAGAGAAGUUGUUCGGGCGAUCUGGCUCCAUAUUCGGUGGACGAUCAUCUCAGCAUGGUCAACGAUCAAGUAAACGCUAUCCUCCAACGAGUAUGAAGGAACCUAUUGUCUCGGAUGAACCACGAGCAUCAAUGGACUCGCGUCGAUCGAUUUCACACUCUUUUCAUCGGAGACACGUUGAUUCCAGCCAAGAGCAUAGUGCCAAGCCACGAAGAUUCUCUCUCUUGCCUGCGUCGUUUUCUUUGAAAGCGUUCUCAUCCAGCAAAGAAACGCCUCCUACUGCUGACUCCCACAUCGCCCAGGUUAAUGAUUCUGUUCACGCUCCAGAGAGUCGAGGACAUCAGCAGCAACAGCAAUCGCAGUCUCUAUCAACUGCCAAUGCUUCCUCGCAAUCUCAUCAUCCACGAGCCGCUGACCACACCCAAGACGAACAAGGAUUUGGCAACACCAAUGACCAAUUGAAUAUGAUGAAUUACUCUGCUCAAAUCGAUCAGCAGUUUGCCGCCCUGCAUGGCGACUCGGAACCCCAGUACGAAAGCAACCCUUAUGGAUCACCUCACAUUGCCGCUGAGCAAUAUUACCAAGAGGACCCCCGUGCCAACUCUUCUUCGGCGAGAUACUUGUCCGAGCCACAGAGUUCCAGUUACACGGAACAGUUUAUGCCAAGUUAUCCGGAAGGAUAUAAUCCGGGCCAUGGCAAUGGUAACGACUCGCGGCAAUCGAUACAGCCUAGCCACCAGUCUGGGAGGGGAUCCAAUGUACUACAGAAGAACCAUCGCAGGUUCGCGGAUGCAUAUGAGCACGAGAAAGAUCCGUCAAAUCAUUCUGGCAGCUCUGGGGCUGCAAGGAGGGUUAUGGACUUUUUUAGGCGACGGGGCAAGUACCGCGCUGGUGAUCAUCAGUAAGAAAUUGGUACUUGAGCUUGCAAUCGUCAGCUUAGGGAAAUCACAUGCCACACACGCAGGUUUUCAGCAGCAGGGAAAAGGGAGAAGUGACGCAGAGAUAAAGAAAAAGAAAGAUUUUUUGUGGAUUGGUAUUUAUUUUUUACUGGGGAGGAUUAAGGGCGCCAAAAAAAAAAAUUUGGUGAAUGGUUGGAAGCUAGCAGGAGGACAGAGGGAGGUUUUAUAUGCCCCGCCCCGCAAGAACAACCAACAUCCAAUCCUCCCCGAUUAAUUUCGUCCAUUUUGCAUAUACUCACACACAGACGUUUAAAUCCUAUUUCGGGGGGGGGGGGGGGUAGACAGUUACAGCGAGAAAAAAGAGCCCCUUCAAAGCAAGGCUCUCUCGACUUCAUGACGCCGAAUCAGCCCCCCUCGACGCUUGUACCACCAUAUCACAUUUACCCCUUUUCCCAUUAUAUGUGUGUCCUUUUUCGAAUUCGAAAAUUUUGAGUUUUCUUCUCUUAUAUGAAUUUUAUUCCCCCUUGGGCGUGUCUCGUUCGUCUUUUUUUUUUUCGUUUCUGUAUGUUUUUUUAUAUUUCUUUGUCCAUUUCGACUGGGAAAACCGAUAUUCUCUCCGCCAUUGAUUGAUUGAUCUCCCUCUUCCGCUUGAGCCUGAUAACUUGCACGCUUGAACUUGUUUUGGCGAAACGAAAAACAAAUUCCCUCUCGAGUUUUCUUUUGUUCCUUUGUUUUUAUCCUUUUUUCUUUUGUCUAGGUCCGCUCUUCUCUGCCAUGUCUUUUUCAUCUGCUGUGUCCUCCUAUCACACUGUUCCCCCUCUUGUUUUCCUCUCUGGUCUUUUCUUUUUCAUGCUUUAGUAUUUAUUAUUUAUUUCUUUUUCUUUUUCGUUUCUUUUCUUUCCUGUCUUCUAUUAUCAUAUCUGGAUUCAUUCUUCUGUUUCUCUUUUUAAUUUUGUGUCAAUAAAUAUCCAUUGUGCCUCUGUUUUUAUUAGUUAGCUUCUAGUUUCUUCACUACUUUUUUUCUUGCACGUUUUCGUUAAAAUUCAUUACUUUUAUUUUCCUUUGUGAAUGCUAUUAUAUGUUCUGCUGUUUCUCUUUUCAUUUUCACAUUCAUCUGAAUAUCUGGAUAAAUCAAACAAAGGUCUUUUUUCUGCAUGGUUCUUUCUUUAUUUUUCUUCUGUCAAAUUGCUAACAUCUUGUGGGGUUUUCAUUUCUCUCAUACAUGAUACAACACCUUUAAACCUCAAGUUAUUUAAACCCGGUCAAUAAAUUGACUCGCCGUACUUUUUUUUUCUCACUCUCUCCUCUCUCUUCCCUCUCUCUCUCUCUCUCUUAUAUUGAUUGAAUUGAAAAUCACUUUUACUCUUUCCGGCAUGUGAUCUACCUAUAUAUAUUUUUCCUUUGUAACUCCUGACAUACGCGCGCGCGUGUCUUUUUAAACAGGUCCUUUCUUUCUUUUUUCUCAUGGUUGUCUUCUUUAAAUAUUGAGUAAUAUAGCUAUGGACAUGCUUUUUUCCGCUCUCUUUUUUUCCCCGCAUACUGUUAUUAGUAUUAUUAUUAACUAUUAUUUUUAUCCAUGUUUAACUAAACUCCCUGUCAUUCAUAUUUUAAAAUAGGCUCUUCUUUUUCUCCCUUCAUUUUUAUUUUUUACUUGUUAGUUUUUACUUGUAUAGUUUAUUUAUAUUUAUACUUGGCUACUUGAGAUCCUUAAUCAUCUCAUAUGUCCGAUGGCAGGGUGUUGGUUAUAGCUUCCAAGGUUAUAUUCAUCUGUCACUUGUUGCGGUACAGAAUACAUAUUUGUAUUCACUCUUGAAAGACAAUUGAUUAUUAUAGCUCUGUUAGUUUUGCAUUUGUAUCUAUUUCUCAUUUUUUUCCAUAACUACGGGAAGUUGAGCCGUAUUAACAAGAGGCUUUUUUUAAUACAUGUCGCGCUGAUUUUGCUUUUAGUGUGCCAAAUGGUAAGCUCUAUCUAGCUGCUAUCUAGCUGUGAGUUAUCUCUUUUGAACAUUUGAGACCAA